CCACAAACAGACGCAUAAUUUUAAAGAACAUGUUCCUGAUUCAAUGUAUCCUUCAGAAGUUGUUUUGCUUCUCACUUCUGUAACUUUUGCUUUUGGUUAAUUUGUAUUCGUUUAUGGCUGCUGCUGUCAAAAAUGCAUUCACAAAUGUAUUUUUUUUGUUCUUUUUGAGGAAAUUUUUCUUCUGUAUCUGUUUUCAUUUUUUAUUAAAAGUGUCACUGAUUUGUCCGACUAUAAGUGAAGGCAUCAGCUAUUUGUUGUGGUAUACGUCAUCACGCGCGUUAUGCAAAUGAGCCAGCUGUCUGCUCGGCGGCUCCUGCGGGCUGAAGAUGGCGGACGAAGAGAGCAGCCACCGAGCGGCCUUCUCAGGCGCCUGCGGUGUGGACGAACCCGCCGCAAAGAGACCGAAAACCACUCCACCGGACGACCACGCAUGCGGAGCCAUCGAGGCGGAGCCGUUUUCCUAUGUCUGCUCGGCCGCGGAGAGCCGGGAGGUGGCGGUGAAUUAUGAGCAGCGGGCCGAGAAGGAAGCGAAGCCGGUGAUGGCGGUGGAGCAGGCCGCAACAGGCGGAGACAACAAUGGGCUGGGACUGCUGGGGUCCGAGCUGCCGAAACCAGCCGAGCGGCUGAGAUUCGGCUUCGGUUCUGCUGAGGAGAGAACAGGCUUCUUCUGCCCUGAUGAUCUUCCUUCCAACGGUCUCGCUGUCACACCAGAACACCUUAACGAUGACGAUGACAGGUCCUCUCAUGCUAGUUCCAGUGACUGGACUCCUCAACCCCAGAUCGGUUCCUACAGUCUGAUCCAGCAGCACAUCCGAGAGACUGAUCCCAGGGCCAUUCUAAGAGACCUUCUGCCUGAGACCAUACUCCCUCCAGAUUUAGAUGACAUGACACUGUGGCAGAUCAUCAUCAACAUCUCAGAACCUCCAAAAAGAAAGAAGAGAAAAGAUAUUAACACGUUGGAAGAUGUGGUCAGACUGCUUCAUGAAAGCAAGAGGAUCAUCGUUCUGACUGGCGCUGGUGUUUCAGUUUCAUGUGGAAUCCCCGACUUUCGCUCCAGAGAUGGGAUUUACGCUCGGCUUGCUGUAGAUUUUCCCGACCUUCCCGAUCCGCAGUCGAUGUUUGACAUUGAAUACUUCCGACGAGACCCUAGACCAUUUUUCAAGUUUGCUAAGGAGAUUUAUCCGGGGCAGUUCCAGCCGUCUCCCUGUCACAGAUUUAUAGCUAUGUUGGAUAAGCAAGAAAAGCUGCUACGCAAUUACACACAAAACAUCGACACGUUAGAACAAGUGGCUGGAGUGGAUAAAAUCAUCCAGUGUCACGGAUCGUUUGCGACAGCUUCUUGUCUUGUUUGUAAACACAAAGUGGAUUGUGAAGCUAUAAGGGAAGACAUUUUUAACCAGGUUGUUCCUCGAUGUCCGCGCUGUUUGGACAUUCCUCUGGCCAUUAUGAAACCUGAUAUUGUGUUUUUUGGAGAGAACCUGCCAGAGAUGUUCCACAGAGCUAUGAAGCAGGAUAAAGAUGAAGUGGACCUCUUGAUUGUCAUUGGAUCUUCACUGAAAGUCAGACCCGUGGCCCUCAUCCCAAAUUCCAUCCCUCAUGAAGUGCCUCAGGUUCUGAUCAACCGGGAGCCGCUGCCUCACCUGAACUUUGACGUGGAGUUGCUUGGGGAUUGUGACGGCAUCAUCAACGAGCUUUGUCAUCGGUUGGCCGGAGAUUUUGAACGGCUUUGCUUCAACACUUUAAGACUCGCUGAGAUCACGGAGAAGCCCCCACGGUUACCGGAAAAGCCUCCAAACGAGGCCUCCAGUGAUGUGGCUCCGGAUGAGCAGAAUCCGGGUCACACUGACUCUGCAGACAGACCUUCAGAGGAGGCGAAGAGCUCGCAGGAGACGGACGCUGCUGAGAAAAACAUUAUGCCCCCCGAGCCUCAUCCUGACGGGGAGACGGCAGAGUCUCCAGAUCGACCAGUGGAGGACGCGCCAACGGAGGAGGCAGAUCUGUUCAAGAGCCAACUGUCAACGCUGGAAGUACGGAAACGAUGUUGGAUGAGUCGGAUCAACAGAAGUCCAAUCAGCAAACGUCUUGAAGCGGGCCAGUACCUCUUUCAAGCACCAAAUCGUUAUAUUUUCCAUGGAGCUGAGGUCUACUCUGACUCUGAAGACGAGACGUCCAGCUCCUGUGGGAGCGACAGCGAGGACUCUGAGGGCAGCGUGGAUGGAGUGGAGGAUGACAGCGAUCCAGAGGAGGACGGAGCAGAAGCGAUGGCGGCGGCAGACGAAGAGGCGUGCUUCAGAGACACAUUACAACACCAUUCAGCCAAUGAGACGACAGAUGUGCAGUUAAACAGAAGCUCUGAGAAGACUGAAAGCUUCGCACAGAUUUAGGUGUAAAAAGUUCUCAUUUAACAAAGCACUAAUUGUCUUUAUAUACGUUUCAUAUGUAGUUAUUUUUCAUAAAUGGAGACGGCGUGUGUGGAAAUGCAGAGCGGUCUCCCCCUCAUGUUUUCUGUGCACGGACGCAUCGAUUCUUUUUCCAUCUGCCGACUCAAACAUCUGCAGGUCAUUACGCUUCUACUUGCAAAUGUCAAGACUUCAUCUCCUGUGGCGUCACCUUCGGUUUGGGGGUGGAGUUACCAUCCUGCCUCAUGUAUAUAUGGAAGACAAACGUAGAUCGAAGAAAGAUGAAGCGCUCAGCUCUGCUCUUUAGUGGAACGAAACAGAAAUAAUCCUUCAUUUCAGACCAAAGAACAUGAUCAGCGAGCUUCUGUUUUCACGAGCUUUACAUGUUUAUUCUGUCCUUUAAAUCUGGGUUAAACCAUGUAUAUAGUUCUGAGAUGUUUCCUGACAUGUGGCAGCUACUUUUAUGGUUAAGCCUCUUAUUUUUAUACUCCGAUGUGAGACAUGCUCCUCAAAGGGUAGAUGAUCAUUUUUAUCUGGAAACUUCAACCAGAGAAUCAUCAGAAAAAGGACUAUGGAGAUGUUCAGUUUGAGAAGAAAUCCUUUUUUUAAAUCCCGUUUUCUUGCCCUGUCACUUUUCAUAAAGGAAUCAGAUGCCUGUAAA